AUGGGAAUUCGUGUCUAUGAAAGAUCUUCAUUGGCUGUUUCCAGCUUCCGACAGCGUGCAGACAAAGUCUGCUUCACCGUCAAACGCCGUUCAAGACUAGGAGGAAAUAAGACCAAACUCAUCGAUCCCGUCAUGCGUCUUGAGCUGGAAGAAGCAGAAGUUUGCCAUAUAAAAGAGGUCAUAUCGAGACUCAAUAUUGACCUAGACAGCAGAGAUACCCCGGUUGUCAUGACUCACGAAGCCAAGGCAGCUGCAGACACUGCUCUGCAGCAACUCACCGACAAUCUGGCAACUCUUGGGGCUCGUCUUCAAUUCGACGUCUCCGGCGCUUGCCUUCUCACGCCCGAAGCCACCAGCCUUGCCGAGAGUGUCGCAAGCAUUCCCAAGGAGAGGGAACAGAAAGUCCAGUUGGCAUGGGAUUGCAUAAGCAAGAUGUCUGCUGAAAUGGCAGCCAUCAAUGACAUUGAGCGACUUGAAAAGAGGGUGCAGACCACAACUCGUGCAAGGGCCAAUUCAGCAGCUCUGAUCCGUUGCUCUGGCUCAUCAACUCGAUGCUAA